CAUACUAUCUUAAAUUUAUUGAAAUUAGUAUUCAAAUAUGGGAAAGGAAAAAGGCGAAUCCAGCAGUGAGGCGACUUCCAUAGAUGCGAGGGAAGAUCGUGAACAAUGGGGAGGACAAAUUGAAUUUUUGUUAUCAUGUAUAGGAUAUUGUGUCGGACUUGGAAAUGUCUGGAGAUUUCCAUACCUUGCUUACAGAAACGGAGGCGGUGCCUUCCUGAUACCAUAUCUUAUCAUGUUGGUUCUCUGUGGAAUUCCACUCUUCAUGAUGGAACUUUCUUUGGGACAGUUCUCGGGUUUAGGUACUAUUACCGCAUGGAGAGCAAGUCCAAUUUUUAAAGGAAUUGGUUUCGGAAUGGUGGGUGUAUCGUUUUUAGUGUGCAUAUACUAUAACGUUAUCAUUGCAUAUUCCUUGUUCUAUCUGUUUGCAUCUUUCCAAGCUAAACUUCCCUGGACUGAAACAUGCCGAGAAUGGAACACAAAUGCUACAUGCGCUGCUAGUUUAGUGAAUAAAACUGUUGAAAAUAUAACUUCGACAAUUGCUACAACGAUGGCAAUGCAAAGCACAACUGCAUCACCAAACGCUACGAAUACUACGGAAGCACUGAAAAUCAAGACUGUCAGCCCUAGUGAAGAAUAUUGGAAAUACAGAGUACUACGGGUUGAUAAAAGUACUGGCAUUGACGAUCCGGGUUAUGUUCUGUGGGAUUUGUGUCUCUGUCUUUUGUUGGCUUGGAUAAUUGUUUUUAUAUGUCUGGCUAAAGGGGUAAAAUCUUCAGGAAAGGUCGUCUACUUCACUGCCACAUUUCCGUACGUCAUUCUUAUUAUUUUAUUCAUUCGAGGAAUAUUACUAGAUGGUGCAAUAGACGGAAUCCGAUUUUACAUCAUACCGAAAUGGGAACUUCUGGGGAACUCUGCGGUAUGGAAGGAUGCGGCCACACAAAUCUUCUAUUCACUCGGAGUUGCUUUUGGGGGACUUCUCACAUUUGCUUCCUACAAUAAAUUCAACAAUAACUUGUUCAGAGAUACCAUGAUUGUAUCAAUCGGAAAUUGUGCGACAAGUGUUUUUGCUGGAUUUGUAAUAUUUUCUGUGAUCGGGAAUAUGGCUAAAAUUAAUGGAGUUGAUAUCGAAGAUGUUGCGGACGAAGGUCCUGGUCUGGCUUUUGUAGCUUACCCCCAAGCUGUUUCACUAUUGCCGAUUCCUCAGUUGUGGUCAGCUCUGUUCUUUUUCAUGCUUUUUACACUUGGCCUUGACAGUCAGUUCGCAAUGGUAGAAACUGUGGUGACUGGACUUGUAGACGAAUUCCCGAAAUUUUUCCGCAACAGAAAAACUCAUCUUAUGUUGGCAGUUUCGAUCGUCGCUUUCUUGCUGGGGAUACUUCUAGUAACGGAGGGUGGAAUAUACUGGUUUAAUUUAUAUGAAUGGUAUUCCGCAUACUUCGGCCUCCUCAUUCUAUCUUUGUUUAUGUGCUUGGCUGUCAACUGGGGAUACGGAUAUGCAUUUACCACUAAAUGGAGAUUCAAUCACGACAUCAAACUCAUGCUCGGAUUCCAACCUUUCUGGUAUUUCAGAUUGCUUUGGAUGUUUGUCACGCCAGCUAUGAUCACGUUCAUCAUCUUGUAUUCUGGUAUUUUCUAUACUCCGAUUACUUUUGGUGAUUACAAAUAUCCAAAAUGGGCAGAAAACCUUGGGCUAUGCAUGAGCUUCUCUGUAUGUGCUACUGUACCAUUAUAUAUGGUAGGAAGAAUGAUCGUCGCCUUGAUACAGGGACAAAGCAUACGUUCUCUUUUCAAUCCUAGUCCAAGAUGGGGACCAUCUGACACCUCUGUACCUUACGACCCUAAAACUGGAGGACAACCUGAUGUGCCGAUCUACUCGAUAACAAAUGGCGAGUCCGAAAAAACAGCAACAUAUGAGCAGUACGUAACUGACGAUAUUCCGGACGCUUAUUCUAAACUGUAAUGCUUCGGUGUUACACACGUUAGACAAUACAGUUAUGUCUACUAUAGGUACUUAUAAUAGAUACAUAAAUUUGACUCAUACGCAUUAGCUAAAAAACUUAUUCAAUAACCUUCAAACAAAAGCAUGUUUGCGAAUUUGGUCAUUGCAUUCUGCAAGCCAAAAUAAAUUCAUUUUACUGACUGCGAUAUAUACUAUAUUGUAUUCCCAAAUGAAUGUACUGAUUCUUGUAAUUUUCUGAGGACUAUGAACUUUUUUUUCAUCGAAGUACUUUUAAUCUAAUUCAGUUAUACGCUGAGCGCAAGAACAAUAUAUAGCGGCGAUAGGUUAAAUUCUGUAAAACUGAAUCAAUCUAAUAUUGGGAUUAAUAUUGGUUUGCAUAAGUUUAUGUUUUAUUUCAAUUACGUUUUGUCUGAAUAUUAUAUUUUAUGUGACGGAGAUUUAUUUCAGUCACUAACUUGUGUGCGUACCAAACGAGAUGUUGAACAAUUCACUCUUUCUACGUUUCCGAACCACAUUUUUUUAAAUCACAUUUCACAGUCGAUUUUUCCGAAAUUAUAAUUUUUUAAGGUAUCUAAAAUUGGUUUUAUAUAAUUUUUAUUUGCUCCGUUUCAAGGAUGCGAUUUGCUAUGUUUGUUUGUUGGCCAGU